AGUAAUUGGAAAAUUGUUUCUUUCAUCUGAUAGCUAGCGAAUCGCUUGUAUCGUUCUGGUACUUUCCGGAGAGGAUUCUGAGUGGAAUAGUGUUGCGCUUUCCUACGAGACUUCCUAUGUUCCACCUUUGGUCAUGCAAACGCUAGAUUGACGUCUUACUCGUGCGGGGUCACCUAGAGCUGGAAAAUGGGAAAAGAUAAGAAAAGCAAGAAGGACCGCAAGGAAAAGAAGUCACGGAAGGAACGCAAGGAGAAGAAGAGCCAUAAAAGCAAGCGCGAUGAAAGUUCAACAAGCGAGAGCUCGUCUGAGUCGGAGGGGGAGCCGCAUCGACGCGUGGACAAGCUGGCCACCAAGGUCGCUGCGCAUCUGCAACGCACCGGCGCCUCAUCCGGCGGCCCCACCUUCGUCUGGACCAAGAAGAUAGAGCGUGAGCUGGAGAGCGGCAAGUCGGUGCGCGACAUCGCAGCAGCGCAGACUCGCACCUCACAGGCGGAGCGUUUGGAGGAGAUUGAGAAGGUUCGCAAGCGGCAGGCGGAGCGCGAGGAGGAGAAGGCGCGGAGGGAGGAGGAGCUGUCCCUCAUCCAGCGGCUGCGUGCGGCCCAGGAGGCGAUGGAGAGCGAGGCCAAGGAGGAGGAGUUCUACCUGAAGGCGCUGGUGGGCAAGGCGGAGAAGCGGUUCGCGGAGGGUCGCCCCACCUCCAUCGACCGCAUCGCUAAGAACCUGCACCUGGCUGACACCUACGGGUGCGACAUGGUGGAGCCCUGGAGCUACUUCGAGGGGCGCCUGCUGGAGGAGGCGCGGGAGCUGCAUGCGGGGGUGUGCGACUACCAGGAGUACGACAAGUACGACGAGCUGCAUCAGAAGUUCUGGUCGGCGCUGCGAGUGGUGGCGGAUGCGGAGCUGGAGGAGAUUGAGAAGAGGGACGCCGCCGACCGCGCCGCUCUCCGCCGGGGUGGUGCAGCAGGGGGAGCAGCAGGCGGGGCAGGCGCGGACGAGGAUGCGGGUGGUGCUGGUGGUCGCAGCAGCUUGCACUCGGAUGUGGAGGUGCAGAUUGAGAACAUGCUGGCAGGCCAGACCCACUCCGCGCUGCUUGCCAUGGAGGGUGAUGUGGAGGCGGCGCUGCGGGGCGGACUGGGCGACCCGGAGUACUGGGAGGCGGUGGGGAGGAGGCUGCAGGUGCACAAGGCCAAGGCGCAGGUUCGCGAGGUGCAGGCGGCCAUCAUGCAGCGCCACAUCGCCUCCGAGGUGAUGAAGCGGGAGGCGGCCAGGGAGGAGCGGCGGAGGGCGGCGGAGGAGCGGAGGAAGCAGGCGGAGGCCGAGGGUCGGGACCCGGCUGAGCUGGAGCUGCUCGAGACAAGCAGCAGCAGCGGCAGUGACAGCGAGGAGGAGGAGCGGGAGGCGGAGGCGGAAGGGGCGGCGGGGCGAAAGGAAGGGGCCGGGGAAGGCGCCGGCGGCAGCGGAGAUGCGGCAGCGGAGGCGGAGGCAGCAGGGGGAGAGGGUGAGGGUGGCGAGGACGGCGGGGCAGCAGCAGCAGCAGCGGAGGAGGAGGAGGAGGAUGACGAGGGGGCUCUGGACCCGCACAUCUCGGAUGGCCGCUACAGUCCCCCGCCGGUUAGCGCGGCUGAGGCGGCUGGGAAGGAUGUGGUGAAUGAGGAGGAUGAUUACACCGCCCUCACGCUGCUCCGAAGACAAGUGAAGCUCCAAGCCGCCAACGCCUUCAAAGCCGCCGCCGCACUCGCCUCCGUACCCGGUGCCAACAACCAGAACGCCGCCGAACGAGCCUACCAGUCCCUCCUAAUGCGCGAACAAGGCCUGGGACCUGCAGGACUAGGCCACCCCAUGCUCCGAAACCUAACCUCGGAUGCGGCAGCAGCGGCAGGCGAGGCGGGUCCCAGUGGCAGUGCAGGGGCAGGAGGGGGCGGGUACGUGCCGUUUCGGGGUGCGGGGCAGUUUCGGAGCCAGGCAGAUGAGGAUGCGGCGGCGCUGGCGAUGUUCCGAGCGCAGUCGGAGCGAACCAUGGGUCAGGACGAGGGCGACCGGACGUUCGGCGGGGAGGUGUCGCUCGAGUCCAAGGUGUAUUGGUGGCAUGAGAAGUACAAGCCGCGCAAACCCAAGUACUUCAACCGAGUGCACACGGGCUACGAGUGGAACAAGUACAACCAGACACACUACGAUAGCGACAAUCCGCCUCCCAAGGUGGUGCAGGGCUACAAGUUCAACAUCAUGUACUUCGACCUCAUAGACAAGAGCAAGGCUCCCACCUACCGCAUCGCGCCCGACCCCGCCUCCACCGACAACUCCACCUGCCUCAUCAUCUUCUCAGCGGGGCCGCCCUACGAGGACAUAGCGUUCAGGAUCGUGAACAAGGAGUGGGAGUACUCGCACAAGCGCGGCUUCAAGUGCACCUACGACCGAGGCAUCCUGCACGUCUACUUCAACUUCAAGCGCACAAGGUACCGCCGAUGAGGGCGAGGAGGAGGGUUCGGGAGCAGGCGCGGCAGCAGGAGUCAGGACGCAUCAUGCAUGCUGGGCUGCCGUCAGCGUGAUGGGGCCUUGAUGGGGCCUGUGGCAAGCAGCAGCUGGAGGAACAAGGUGGGGGCGGAGAAGGAGGCGGCAGCGUGCGUGGAGGCUGGGGUUGUGGGGAGGAGGGGUUUGUUGAGGAGGGGUUUUGCCCUGAGCUCUGGGCUUGGAGAGGGGGGCAGUGGCAUGGGAAGGCGCUAACGGGCGGCAUUGUACAUAGAAAGCGAGGUCUUGGGGACCGUUGACCCUUUGCGGAGACCGCAUUUGGAUGUUGCCGUGACGUAGAGGCGACACCCUCAUUGUUGGAUGGCCUGUGGGCGGGUUAGUAACGCUGCGGCGGUGUGUGAGUUGUUGCAGCGGGAGAACACAACACGCUUGGGGGAACACGACGUGACGCGGCACUGCUAGAAGGCCAUCCUGGUUUUUUGACUGUAUUUACCAAGGUUUGACAAAGAUGCGAUGGAUCUGACAACUUGGCAAAUUGCCAAGAUAACCGUGGGAAGAGUUCAUAUUUGAGUUAUUUGCAAAUAAAUCAGCAAAUAAUUGAGUUAUUUGCUACUACCACCAAGAUCUGCUUCAACCGGGCUCACGCCAGAGGCUGAGGGAAGAAGUCCGUCACUCCUUGUACGGCACACAUCAGACGUCCAAUGCACGGCACAUCUGAGUCAAUACACCAUGAGUAGUAAGGAGC